AUGCCCACGUAUCGCCUGGAUUCUCAAAAACCAUUUAACGUGGAGCAAGUGCAGAAACUGCUGCAGGAAUAUGUACCAGGCGAAUUAGAAAACCAUGUUUACAGUGCCGUUGAAUCAGUGGCACUGGCUAAAAGAAUGAGUUCCGAAUUGAGGGAAAAAAUUAAGGAAGAACUUUAUGAAAGGUAUCGCAUUAUCGUUUUGGUGACGAUAGGUGAGCACAAGCUGCAAUCUUAUGAGAACGUGAUGCAGUUCUUAUGGGAUUCGCAGAGAGACAACUACUGCACAAUGUCCUGGGACAAUAUGAAAACGUUUGCGACAGUCACUGUACUUGGAAUCUAUCAGGAUUAA